GGAAUCUGGGAUAAAAAUAAUAAUCACCAAUUCCCUCUGGUAGGUAGAUUUUAGAGACAGCCUAAUGUUGCAAGAUGACUGCCAAAAAAAUUGUAAAGUAAACAGCGAAGUUUUCGAGUACGUUUUCAAUGCUGUCCCCUUCAAGGGUGACACGGCGGCGUAUAAUCGACAGCUUGGGAUAGCUCACUUUGAAUUUUUAGCCGAAAAGAUUGAUCUUGGGCUAGCAGACCUGUCGUUUUAUAUUCUGGCGUUUUAUUUAAAAUGCUCUAGUGCGCUACCAUACCAUAUUUCAGAGGCGUGCUUUGUUUCUGGGCUCUCUCAGGCCCUCUCACCCGACGACAAAGUCUCUCCAGAGAAUGAAUAUGCAGGUGCCUUUAGGGCGCUUCGAAGUGCUGUAAGAAAGACUCAUCAUCAAAUUCUACACAAUGAGGUUGAUCUCAUUAAGUUCUACAAUUUCCUGUAUAUGUGGUGUCUAAGGAACAAUCGAGCCUCGGACCGUACUACCGUCGCAAUGGAGUUGUGGGAGCUCUUUUUUACUGAAGACAGCUCCUCUAUGGAAUGUGACAAUUACAAACACUAUGUGUGCUUCCGUAACCUGCGAAAUUGGAUUGCUUUUGUGGGGACCAACAGCUUCGCUGAGAAUUUCAGCAUUUCCGCGGAUCUGUGGCACCAACUAUUUUAUUUCGCUAAGCUUGAGUCAUAUGAAACAUACAGCACGAGUGAUUCAUGGCCUCUUGCGCUCGACAGUUUCGUGGAAUGGUCCAAACAAGGACAAUCGGAAGAAAAUAAUAUGGAAAGAUAUUGAGUGCAAAUUGCCUCUAUUUUGAGUUUGGGGAGGAACGGAGGCAAAUUCCCCUCACCUGUUCAGCGUUUCAGACAUAUUUUAAACACUCAGAACAGCUCUGUUUCCUCUCUCUAUUCGAUGAACUCUGAUGCACUCACAUAUG